AUGAAUAUCAACUACAAGGAAUUGAAAUCAGCGAUGGCCGACAACAAGGAUUGCAGCUCGGUCAAGACCUUUGACGGAGUCUCCAAGGUGCUGGAGGAGCAGAAGCCAGCUGCAUUCAUCUUGGAAAACGUUGACAUGGAGCCGAGCAAAACCGGGAGCAGCAAAAACCAAGAUGGCAAAGAUCAGUCGAACCUCGGCCUGGUGUUGGCCAGGCUGCAAAAAUGCGGAUACACAGUCAAGACAGCAAAGCUGCGGUCAGACUCCUUUGGGCUGCCGCAGCGGCGUUGCAGGCUGUACUUUUUCGGCGUGAGGCAAGUUGAGAGGAUGAAUGGGAACAAAGUACUGGAGAACCUUGAGGGCUUGCUCGAAGCCAUGCAGUGCCCUUUGCGGUUCACUCCAGCCCCUUGUCGGAGACUGAAGACGGGCCAGGGCCAAGUGAAAUCUGAUGGAAAACAACAGCUAGCGGAGUUGCUCUAUCCUUCAGACGAUGCGCGCGUGACAGCUGAGCUGCAGCGACUUCAGGCAAAGAAGCUCAAAUCAAAGACCAAGCAGACAGAUGAUGAGACGUCAGCUCGCUGGAUGUCUACGCACAAGCAGCUGGCCGCGGACAGACAAAUGGACUAUCCCCUGAAGGUUUCGGAGAAGCUAGCUGGGGCUCCUUGGUUCCAGCUCCUUCAGAACCGGGAAAAGGAGGCAGUUUGCUUCGUUGAGGAAUGGAACAGGGAGCGCCGUGGAAAGGGCGAGCCUUUGAUCUCUUUUGUCGACAUCAGUCAGACGGUGACCCGCAUGGCGCAGUCCACCGAGGACAGCAAGGUCAUUCCAACGGUGCUUCCCGGAGCGAAGUUUUGGAAUGUUCCUCUGUGCCGAUGGGUCAUGGGUUCGGAGAUGUUGAGAUUCCAGGGCCUGUAUGUGGAGGAGAUGGCCUCCGAUGUGACGGAGUCUGAGAAGCUGCUGGCUGACUUGGCAGGGAACGCCUUCAGCUCAUGCUGCAUUUCAGCAGCAGUUUUUGCGCUGUUGGCGUCCCUGCAAUAUGAGUCAGACUCGGAGGACGAGCAGCUUGCUGCGAUCAGCCAGGCCUUCACGGCCGUUGCCCUGCUGGGCCGCAGGGUCCGAGGGGAUCAGCAGUAG